UAUGUAUAUAUAUAUAUAUAUAUUGCAAUCCUUAUUUUCUCUUUUAAUUUCUGAUCAUCCCAUUUCCACCACCUUUUUAUCUAGGAAGCUUCAUACAUAUGCAGAGAGAGAGAAAGAGAGAGAGAGAGAGAGAGAGAGAAGUAUAGUGAAGAAUGGUGAGGGCUCCUUGCUGUGAGAAGAUGGGAAUGAAGAAAGGGCCGUGGACACCUGAGGAAGAUCAAAUUUUAACAUCUUUUAUACAGAGAUAUGGUCACGAAAACUGGAGAGCCUUACCAAGACAAGCCGGUUUAUUAAGAUGCGGGAAGAGUUGUAGGCUUCGCUGGAUAAACUACUUACGACCAGAUAUCAAACGAGGAAAUUUCACCAAAGACGAGGAAGAAACCAUCAUCCAACUGCACCAAACACUCGGAAACAGAUGGUCUGCCAUUGCAUCAAGGCUGCCGGGGAGAACAGAUAACGAGAUAAAGAAUUUCUGGAACACCCACUUGAAGAAGAGGCUCCAGCAUCAUGGGAGUCCAUAUUCUCCCAACAAUAUUAAUGUUGUCGGGAACAUAACGCCAAUCCAGAUCGGCGAUUCUUCGAUUCACCUGAGGUUUCCGGCACCGAUGACUGUGAACUGCAAUUCGGUUGGCAGACAGAACCGCAUGUAUUCAAGCUCCCUGAUGACGACGAAAAUGGAGGAAGAAGAGAGCAUGCAGGAGAGUUAUCAAAACCUUGGAACAACAUCAAACGAUGAUUCUGGGAUUGUCUACUUGCCUUCUAGCAGCUCUGUGUUACCUAUGGAGCUUGGAGGUUGUGAGACUAGUUCUAGUAUUAGCAACGAUGCAGUUUUCUGGUAUAAUUUGCUUAUUAAUGCUGGAAAUACAUCGUGAAAGACUGUUUUUGGAGCGAUUAUAGUCACAUUGGUCAAAUUGUUAACUUGGUAAUCACAAAGUUACAAGUUUAACUUUUGAUGGGAAUGAUCUUACCUUGGUCUUUUGCUGGCUAAGGUUACAGUGGUGUGAGAUUUAUCUAAUGCACAUUUCAGACAGUGAUUGUCUGAGUUUCUCUUAAAAACAAAAGAUAGGUGUUUUUGGAUGUAAUUUGUAUAAUGUGUGUGCACUUUUUGGUGGGUGUUUGUUACUAAUUUUUUUGUACAUCUUAUAAGAAUAAAAAUUAAAUUAUCAUAUCAUAUAUUUCCUACAA